UGGGAAGAAGUGUCUGGAGGCGACGCUACCGGUUGCAACAAACAGCUGCAGUCCGGCCUGAAAACUGAAGUGACCGUAUGGGUGGGCGCAAACAUCCGGGAACGUCAUUGAAUUUCUUCACAAACCGAACAGGAGGUGAACUGAACUGGUGAAAAUGGUGCGGCUGCUUGUGAAACGUGGAGAUGAGAGCCAGUUUCUUUUCGACACCACAGUGGACAUGGCAGUGGAGAUUGUGAUCCCACAAAUUACAGCCAUUUACAACGGGAGGCUGAAAGUGGACAGAAUAUGCUCAGAAAUCCAAGAGCUUGCAGACCAUGGCAUCACUGUGCCACCCAACAUGCAGGGGCUGACAGAGGAGCAGAUUGUGGAACUAAAAUUGAAGGAUAAUUGGGAGGACAAAUGCAUUCCCAGUGGAGGGCCAGUAUUUAGAAAGGAUGAGAUUGGGAGGAGAAAUGGACACGCUCCUAAUGAUAAAAUGAAAGAGGUGUUAAUGAGAACUGUGGAGGAGGCAAAGGCCCUUAUCUCAAAAAAACAAGUUCAAGCUAAUGUUUGUGUUACCAUGGAGAUGGUAAAGGAAGCACUGGAUCAGUUAAGGGGUGCAGUCAUGAUUGUGUACCCCAUGGGACUCCCCCCUCAUGACCCCAUAAGGAUGGAGUUUGAGGAUCAGGAAGACCUUUCAGGGACACAGGCAUCUCUGCAGGUGAUCACUGAGGACGAGUGCCAGCUAUGGUGGGCUGCCAAAGAGAUGCACAGAGGGAAAAAGCUGCAGGACUACAUUGGCAGAAAUGAAAAGACAAAGCUUGUGGUUAAAAUCCAAAAGAAAGGACAGGGGGCGCCAGCUAGAGAGCCUCUUGUCACUGAUGAGCAGCAGAAGCAGAUGAUGCUGCAUUACUACAGAAGGCAGGAAGAACUAAAGAAACUGGAGGAGGCAGAGGAUGAUAGCUACCUGGACUCAGAGUGGUCAGACAGACAGGCCCUCAAACGACAGUUUCAAGGCCUCACUAAUAUCAAAUGGGGUCCAAGAUGAAGCUCACAAAUGCUCUUAAUAACUGCCUCAGAGAUGCUUCUGUGACCUUUUUUAACUCCUCUGUACGCAGCUGGGCAAGAUGCCUUAUCUACUAUAAAUUGUGAAAUCUGUUUCCUCUUGAUGUUACUUGAGGUUUUAUAAAGAAUGUUUUUAUUCAGCUGAUGUGUUACUGUGGCUCAACUCUGCCAAUGUUUGAAGACCACAAGUUAAAUAAAGUAUGAGUCAUGAUUAACCCGUAUUAUCUUGAUAUAAAUGUGUAUAAUUUAAAAUAAACAUUUCUACUGUGUUAAAAAAAGAA